CUACCAUCGCCACCCCAAACCUCACCAUCUCGCUCACAAUGGCACUCAGACCAUCAAUCGCGGCACUAAGCCGCUCAGUACGCACACCGGCUAGCCUGCCACCUCUGCAGGCCUUCAAGCCCAGGUUGCCACCUUCGACAAUCAUUCGUCCCAACCCCCUAUUCAACCAGACUCGAGGAGCAAGGACAAAUCCAUUCAAGCCCAACUCCGGCUCGAGCCAGGUCAACAGCUCCACACCUUCUCAGUCUUCCUUCUCCCUCUCUGCGCCUCACGAGGCCCCCUCUGGAGAUGCACCGAGGUCAUUCAGCGCUCCCGGUGGCUGGCAGAGGCUGCUCACCAGCGUUGGAAUCAUCGGCGGUACAGCCUUUGCUGCCAAUGCCUUCUUGAACAGGGAGACUCGUGAGGGAGCCAUGGACCCCUUCUCUCGCAACUACCUCAACUCCACUUUCCAGUACCUCGCCGGGGGUCUCGCGAUGACAGCAGGAGCAGCCGUAGCGCUCCAUCGAGUCGGCUUCUCCUCGCGCCUCAUGGCCACCAACCCCUGGCUGGUGCUUGGUGGCGGUCUAGCCGCUUCCAUCGGAGGUAUGAUUGGAGCGCAGACCCUCGAGCCUGGCUCGCCUGCAAAGUACGCCUGCUGGGCUCUCUUCAAUGCAUCGCAGGCCGCCGUCCUCUCGCCACUGCUCUUCUUUAGCCCUGCUCUCCUCGCUCGCGCCGGACUCUACACGGCAGGUGUCGUCGGAUCCAUCUGCUACGUCGGAGCUACAGCAAAGGACGGGCAGUACCUCUGGAUGGGAGGACCACUCCUCGCUGGUGUCACCGUCGUAGCCCUUAGCUCGCUCGCCCCCAUGGUGCUACCAGCAACAGCAUUCCGCACGCUGGUCGCCACGGAGGCCAUAUCUCUCUACGGAGGCUUGGCCAUCUUCUCAGGCUUCGUCCUCUAUGAUACCCAGAAGAUCCUCGCUCGCGCACGCGCUGUUCAGGCAGGUGCCAUGCGUGCAGACCCACUCAGGGAGUCCAUCUCUCUCGAGCUCGACGUCAUCAAUAUCUUCGUGCGCAUGGUUCAGAUCCUGGCCAUGCAGCAGAACAGGAAGAAGUAGACGCGAUGAGAUCAUCAAUUCGAUAAGGAGGAUUGGAUGGGAGUCCAUAUUGUUGUUGAUUCAGAGCAGUCUCUGUCUAUCAAGAUUGGGUCGUGGCUCAGAAAAUCUAACACCGCUUAUCCCGUCUACUACUGUUGUGUGACCUAUCCAUUGUUUACAAGUGACUGGGCAUAAGGCGGAAUACUACU